AUGCGGAGCAAGGACAAAAUCGCCUACUUUUAUGACGGGGAUGUGGGGAACGUGUACUUCGGGCCGAGUCACCCAAUGAAACCGCACCGGUUAUGUAUGACUCAUCAUUUGGUUCUCUCUUACGAGCUACACAACAAGAUGGAAAUUUAUAGGCCCCAUAAGGCAUACCCAGUGGAGCUAGCGCAGUUCCAUUCUGCGGAUUAUGUGGAGUUUCUAAAUCGAAUAACGCCAGACACGCAGGCUUUGUUCUCGAAUGAGAUGGUGAAAUAUAAUCUUGGAGAAGAUUGUCCUGUUUUCGAGAAUCUGUUCGAGUUCUGCCAAAUUUAUGCUGGUGGAACGAUAGAUGCUGCACGCAGAUUGAACAACCAGCUUUGUGACAUUGCAAUAAAUUGGGCUGGUGGAUUGCACCAUGCCAAAAAGUGUGAAGCAUCUGGAUUUUGUUAUGUUAAUGACUUAGUUUUGGGCAUUUUGGAGCUUUUGAAGCAUCAUGCCCGUGUUCUGUACAUUGACAUUGAUGUGCAUCAUGGUGAUGGGGUGGAAGAAGCCUUCUAUUUCACUGAUAGGGUGAUGACUGUUAGUUUCCACAAGUAUGGGGAUAUGUUCUUUCCAGGCACGGGUGAUCUCAAGGAUGUAGGAGAAAGAGAAGGCAAAUUUUAUGCCAUAAAUGUCCCCCUCAAGGAUGGAAUAGAUGAUACCAGUUUCUGCCGUCUCUUUAAGUUAGUUAUUACGAAGGUUGUUGAAACCUAUCAACCGGGGGCAAUUGUUCUCCAAUGUGGAGCAGAUUCACUUGCUGGCGACCGUUUGGGCUGCUUCAACCUUUCCAUUGAAGGGCAUGCAGCUUGCGUUAGGUUGGUGAAGAAUUUGAAUUUGCCCCUGCUGGUAACUGGAGGUGGGGGAUACACUAAAGAGAACGUGGCUAGAUGUUGGACUGUAGAGACUGGAAUUCUUUUAGAUGCAGAGCUUCCUGAUGAGAUACCAGAAAAUGAUUACAUCAAAUAUUUUGCUCCUGAUUAUUCAUUGAAAAUUCCGAGUGGGCCCAUGGAGAAUUUGAAUAGCAAAUCGUAUCUUAACUCAAUCAGGCAGCAAGUGCAUGAAAAUCUUCGCUCCAUCCAACAUUCUCCUAGUGUACAGUUGCAAGAGGUACCCCCUGAUUUUUACAUUCCCGAUUUUGAUGAAGAUGAGCAGAAUCCUGAUGAACGAGUGAAUCGACACAAGAAAGACAAGCAAAUCCAGCGUGAUGAUGAAUAUUACGCAGGUGAUAACGAUAACGAUCAUAUUAUGGAUGAUGCAUGA